AUGGUGAAAUGUUGCUCGGCCAUUGGAUGUGCUUCCCGCUGUUUGCCAAAUUCCAAGUUAAAAGGACUGACGUUUCACGUAUUCCCCACAGAUGAAAACGUCAAAAGAAAAUGGGUAUUAGCCAUGAAAAGACUUGACGUGAAUGCUGCAGGCAUCUGGGAGCCUAAAAAAGGAGACGUGUUGUGUUCCAGGCACUUUAAGAAGACAGAUUUUGACAGAAGUGCUCCGAAUAUUAAACUGAAACCUGGAGUCAUACCUUCUAUCUUUGAUCCCUCAUCUCACUUACAGGGGAAAAAAGAAAAACUUCAUUCUAGAAAAAACUUCACCCUCAAAACCCUUCCAGUCACAAACCACAAUCACCAGCUUGUUGGUGCUUCCUCAUGUACUGAAGAAUUCCAAUCUCAGUUCACUUUUGAACAUAGCUACAGUGUAAUGGACAGUCCAAAGAAACUUAAGCAUAAAUUAGAUCAUGUGAUCAGCGAGCUAGAGGAUACCAAGAAAAGUCUGCGGAAUGUUUUAGACCGAGAAAAACGUUUCCAAAAAUCCUUGAGGAAGACAAUCAGGGAAUUAAAAGAUGAAUGUCUCAUCAGCCAAGAAACAGCAAAUAGACUGGAAGCUUUCUGUUGGGAGUGUUGUCAGGAGAGCAUAGAAAGAGACUAUAUUUCAUGA